CCAAUCAUUGCAAUGAGAGACCGCGACCAGUGAACUGCCCGCAGACAUUGUUGCUCGUUCAACGUUAUCUAAGUUAUCAGUCAGUUCGGGUGCGGACCGCGGAAUAGGUAUAUCGCUUUCUCCAGAGUUUCGGAACGCGGCGACGACGGUGCAAAAAAGUCGUGUCUAAUGAAGGUGUAGAACAAAUCUGCAAUUCUUCGGAAUCGGACCGAAGUUUGAAUUUCCGUGGAAAACCAGCGAUGGUGUUAUUUCGUCGAACUUCGAUCAUUGAGUUGAUUGUUUAAAAGUCAGUCGUGGCGAUUCCGAAUGGAGACACACAGGCUUGAACGAGAAAAAGUGAUAAAGGAAGCAGUUUUUUGGCGAUAAAGGUCAUAGAGAAAAGGCAAAUUCUGGUGCUACUACAAGACAUGGAUUUUUUUCUCAUACUUGACUCAAUUGCAGUAUGAAUGAUCGACUCCGUGUGCGUGCAGUGGAAGCACUUCAUUGAAGAGUAUGCGUAGUGAUGUGUAGAGACGCAGAUUGAAAUAUAUGAAUUAAAAAUUCUUGAAUCAAUGACAUUGUUAUAUCACGAUGGUGUGUACAAGUGAGGUGAAGCAAGCGAGGAGAUGCAGUCAAACAGAAAGAAGUAUUUAAUCUAUGAAGGCUGCAGUACCGAAAUGGCAAAUGCAAGACCUUCGUCGUCUGGGUACCUGCUGAAGAAAUGAAUCGUUGUGCCAAAAGUGCGUCAUAAGAAUGUGCAAAUUACAGUCAAUUGUAUGCAACCAGGGUGCAGCAAAAACACAUGAUUUCAAUUCUGAAUGGGCCUGGUGCGAGUAGUUAAGUGUCGCCAUCUUGCAUGUAUUCGCGCAAAUCUCUAUUCUUCCAAUAGGAAUCAGUCGUCAGUCUGCUCUUCUUGCAUACUGAUGUCGUCACAAAUAUUUUCUCGUACUUGUGAUUUCUGUGUAGUGUGAGAAGAGGAGUGUGGAGUUGGAAAAAUUUAGCUCCGUGUUUUUGCGUCCGAAAGUUAAUGUUCUGCAAGUGCAAAUUGGUGGAAACGAUGCCGUAACGACAGACCCAAUCAAUAUACUAACCGAGGAAUAGCAGGAAAUGUAAAAAAGUUCACAAAAUGAAUGAAAACUUCGCGGCUGCAGCUGCCGCAAAACAAAUGCCAAUCGAAAAGCUAGUGCGUGUUGGAUAUUACGAACUUGACAAAACCAUCGGAAAAGGAAACUUUGCUGUGGUGAAACUGGCAUCAAAUGUGAUAACAAACUCAAAGGUUGCAAUUAAAAUAAUCGAUAAAACAUGUCUCGACGAAGAGAACCUAGCGAAAACCUUUCGCGAAAUAUCGAUAUUGAAGGUGUUGCACCAUCCGCACAUUACACGCCUGUACGAGGUCAUGGAGUCACGUAAUAAAAUCUAUCUUGUGACGGAGCACGCGGCGAGGGGCGAAAUAUUUGACCAUCUAGUAGCGCACGGCCGCAUGAAGGAGGAAGAAGCCUCGCGUAUAUUUUCCCAGAUAAUCUCCGCCGUUGACUAUUGUCACAGCAAGGGCAUCGUUCAUCGUGAUUUAAAGGCGGAAAAUGUCCUGCUGGACAACGAGAUGAAUGUAAAGCUGGCGGAUUUUGGAUUUAGUAAUACCUUUUCUGAAGGAACGCCUUUGAGGACGUGGUGCGGUUCGCCACCAUAUGCAGCCCCCGAGGUGUUUCAGGGAGUAGAGUACGACGGCCCAAAGUCGGACAUUUGGAGCUUGGGGGUGGUGCUAUAUGUGCUAGUUUGCGGUGCCCUUCCCUUCGAUGGGGCGACGUUACAUGAUUUACGAAGCGUGGUCGUCGCAGGAAAAUUUCGCAUACCAUUUUUUAUGUCACAAGAAUGUGAGCACCUGAUUCGGCAUAUGCUUGUGGUAGAGCCUGAAAAGCGAUACACAUUGAAGCAGAUAGCGAACCAUAAGUGGUUGGAAAUGUACAAUGCCAUUCCGAUGCUAGAGAAAGCAUCCUACCUAGCAACCGAAGGCGCAAAUCUAGACACAAUUGUAAUGUCUCAUAUGUUACAACUUCCUGGGCUCACCGCCGAUAUGAUCGCACAGUCUGUACAUGAAAAUCGCUUCGACCAUAUUUACGCAAUCUAUUAUCUACUGGUGGACAAACUAAAGCAAAAGCGGAAAGAGAAAAGUAGGUUACAACAUCACGCCAGCUUGGCUUAUUCACGUUCCCGAAAGACUAGUAUUACAACAGGCGUAGUGGACAGGACUGAAGUAAUCAAGAAUGACUCAUUGGAAAGGCUAAGCCCGCUAACUAACAUGGGUUCACCAAUUCUCAAUAUGUCCGCUGGCCUGAGCACAACCGAAGAGCUGGAAAAGUAUGACACUGAAUCUGCAAACAUGCCCAAGACACCCGAAUCUACGGAUCAUCUGUUUCCACCAACGUGUGCAAAUGCGUUGGCCAAUACACGACGGCACACAGUUGGGCCCGGCGAUGUGGCCCAUGAGCAGGCAUUGGCCAAUCCGAACGCGCCCAUUAGUUUCAAAGUUGGCUCAGCAGAACAACAACCUCCCACGCAGAAUGUACCCAUCAAUAUUCCGAUGCUGCAGAAUCAACCGAUUCACAAUCUCACAAUCAAGGAUCAGCAUUUGUUGAAACCGCCUACCGUCAUGGGUGCUACUGGUGCCUUUGGAAGACGUGCUUCCGACGGAGGUGCCAACCUGCAUAUAUACUAUCCAACUUCAUCCAACGUCAAUGAGCAACCUGUUGGGGAAGUGGUGUAUGGCAGUCAAGCUACGCAUGUAAUGAACCCAGUGCCGGUUAUUAGCGACCAUCCGAUGCCGGUGCCUGGUAGUGGCCCAGAGGUUACAGAUGAUGGUAGCGAUGAAAUACAAAGAUAUAUGCACGGCCGUGGAUGCACAAAACGACACACGGUGGGAUGCACCGAAGAUCUAUCUGCUAAUAAUACGACGGCAAUGGAGCCUCCACAAGCACACUCACCGGCUCCAUCCACUGGAGGAACUAGUGGAGGAGGGCGCACACGAAGGACUGGUCUACUAACUGUCAUGGAACGACCUCCAGUGAUUAGUCCUGAACUUGUACGUGAAGUAGAGGCACGAAUGAACCGCAACUAUCUACCUCCAUCGUUAAUGAGUACAUCAAUGAUGCCAGCACCCUUGCCACUGCUACCAGCGCAUAUGUCCAACAGUGGGCCAAGUGGGUCCGGAUCGAUUUCGAUGGGGGUAUCCGGGUUACAGCCUGCCGCCAGAUCGAGUGCCCCAGUAGUCCCAGUGUUUGGAGGAUUUGGAUUGUCAAACGGAGUAGAACAAUGUCCUCCACCUCCUCCUCCACCCUCCGGGUCCUCUUUACAGACUACCUCGACACAACCCAAUAUCCCUAGCACUGCACUGCCGAAUGUUUGUAGUAGACGCUUUCAUAGAACAAGUAAACUGACUACUGUUCCAGAGAUUGGUCGCUACAGUCCGGUUCGACGAGCUUCAGAGGGUUCCAAAAUCAACACACAAUUCCAAGGACCAUUCCAAGAGUGCCAGCAGCUUCAGAAAGGCCUCAACGCAAACGGCGGUCAGCAACGUAACUUGCUAAUUACACCAAGUCCUCCGUUGGCAGACAACUCGGUGAGUUUGCCAGGCUCGCCAAUGCACUGCAAACCCUUUGAAGACAGAUCUCAGCAAGACAUUAUACUGCCCCAUGAUAUGAUAUUAUCACUGACUCCUGGGCUGGAAAAACUAGUGUUAGAAAAGCGGAUACAAAUAGAAACAGCGAAGAGCAUCAUGAAUACGCGAACAGUGCCAUUCGAGGUGCGCCAGCAGCUUGGGUUGUUUGCCCACGAUCUAACUCCGGAUCUAGGUUACACACUACAGCAGCAGUUGCAGCACAGUCAAAGCGUUUCGCCGCUUACACCUCGACCGGGCACUCUUCAGCCCAACUUUGCGGGUAGUAGUAUAGGUUCAGCAAAUUAUGGUUAUUUUGGUGGUCUACCGUAUCAAGGCACAAUGCCUGGAUUGACCUUUCCAGGUAGUAAUAGUAAUAGUGGAUGUCCUUCUCCUGUGUAUUAUAGUGAAUGUCCUUCGCCUAUCGGAGGUGGUGCCUCGCCUAUGCAUCAGAUUACACGUGGUAUUAGUAUUAUGAACACCGGAGGUAGUGCAACUUCGGCGGCUGGAGGUUCCAUAACCAGGGGAACUUCGGCUGCCUUUUCGUUGUCUUGCAAUGAACCGUUAGAUCUUAGCAUGGACGUUGUUAAUAACGAAGAACUAGAUUUUCCAAGAAAUAACUUUCUAAUGAAUCCAUCGACUGCUAGUGGUCCACCCCUUAAUUAUAUAGAUAUGAAAAAUUUUGGCCUUUUGCCUCCGCAGCAAAUGCGUCUUACUGCAACACCCCCGACAUCGCCUAAUCUAUGUAUAAUACAAGAAGAAAAUUCCAAUUCUGCCUUUAUCCAGGGCAACGCACCUUUCAAAAGCCAAUCUGCUGGAGCUUCUCCGGAAGAUUUGAGUUUCCAGCACACCCAUCCUCAGAUAUACCUGACGGAUGUCCAAGGAAGUGAAAUUACCCUAGUUGCGUCAUCUGACUCUAGUCAUGACAGUGACGAUUCACUCAACUGCAAGAGUUCUGGGCUGGGAUUCCAAGGGUUACUAAUAUCGGAACCGUCAAGUGAUAUGCCUUCUAUUACACGAGGUGUUGGAAGGAAAGCUAGUCUUGAAACGGAAAACAAUUCGACGUCAACUUCGGCAAAGUUGGAUACGGACACUAGUGAAUCGUACGCUCGCCGAGGCAGUGAUAAGUCACUCGGUUUCAGUGACGAUAGUUUAAGCAAUGAUUCAAACCAUUCGAAUCUUUCACCUAGUCAGGAGCCGUCCGCAAGUUCCGGUUUCAAAAGUUGCGAUUCUCAUUCCGAGCAAGAUGCAAGGCUUAGUCCGGAUUCCUUGUGCGACAACAAGAUGGACGAGUGCUACGAAUUGCCUCUGCCGCAAGAAUGUUCUGCACUUGACUCUUCUCGAAUUCUGGAACUGGUGAAGCGAAGAAUUGACUCCAAAGUGCCGCCCAUGGGAUGCGUUUUCAAUCCGCCCAAGCCUGACUUCGAGGGCGGCCAUCACAGUCGAAGCGAAAUGGAUAGUUCCUUGGCGAUGGGGGAAAGUUCCAAUCUAAGUCUAGAAUACUCGGGUGGACUGCAGAUCGAGUUGCAAGUUUUCGAGGGCCGCAUGAAGGACAGCCACAACAGUGGAAAGGGAAUCAAGCUACGGCGGAUAUCCGGGGAUCAAAACGAGUACGGAAAGCUUUGCCAGCAGUUGAUAACUUCGCUCACUGUUUGAAAGUACGACAGCCGUUUGACAGUCAAGUGCCGUAGACGUAUUUGAGCAUUUUGUUCAUUUUUAUUGCAAGCAAUAGUAUGCUUUAGCUUCUUGAAUGACAUUUUGUUAGACUUUUCUGGCAUUAUUAAGCAGUUAUUGUAUGUUGUGAAGGCCGAAUCCAGAGGAAGCCAGAAAGUCGGAGUACGAACGGAGUGUAAAUACAGCAGCACAUAGCGAGUUCGGUGUCCGUUUGGGAAGACUGACCUGAACUGUUUUGGUUUUGGAGUAAA